CCUGAGUACCUGGACUCGACGACCUCCUUCAAGUCGGCGCUGGAGCCUUUCCUUCCCUUCCUCUAUCCUUUUCGCCACUGUUCUCGCUGUCGGAUCGCUCGCUGAGCACGCCUGCUUACUCAUCGCUGCCGGCGACGACCACGCUCGACGACCUUUUGCCUCAUUUCAACAGUUCAUCAUAUUCCCACUGGCGCACUGUUCAUACAAGGCUCUGCCUCCAAUGUCAGAGCUACCUAGGUUUACCAAACCGCGCCUUACUUUCCAUGUUGUCAAUCCCGGUUCUGAAUCGGAGAGCAGUGAUGAAGAUAGGCCCACUAAUGUCAAUCCCUACCAUCGCCGCGCGCCCCUUCCCAAUGUUCCCAAGUCUCCUCCACCGGCGCCUUCUCCUUUGACGACGAACAUGGCUCCACGUAUUCCUCGCUCACAGGCAUCUCACCAGUCUCUUUCAUCGCCGUCCAGUACCAGUUCCCCAGCCGCCGACGAGUCGACUCCGCCCCCAAGCACCCCAGGCCUUCCAAUACCUCCUGUGGAUCUUUCUACCGAUUUUUUACCUCAGCAGGACCCCACUAUUGUAUCCUAUAAUAAUGACCGAAGUGGGCGGAACGACAUUCAUAUUUCCACCUCCCGUAACGUCACCGGCAAGAUCUUUCAGCAGCUCAAGUCACCUUUUCAACACAGAUCUCUUCAUACUCGACCUCAGCCUAUACCGCCUGUCCCGCCACCAGUCAAUACGUCGCCUACUGUUUCUACCCCCGACUCUUACACCUCCGCUUCAAGCCAUAGCUCUACCACUACAGUUUCGGACAAAGUCUCUAUUCUCGCCACAGCAGAUUCUGAUACCUAUGUCAAUGUUGACAUAAGCGGGGUGCAGAGCGCAGCAGUUAUUCGAGAGUGUAUCUUCUCCAAGUUACACAUUGAUGACGACGAACAGUCUCGCUUUUCCCUUUAUCGUACCGAAAUAGGCGCCUUUGCUAUGAGUGACGCGCUGACAGAUGAAAAGUUGUUUGAACUCUGUCGAGAGUUCGGCGAUUCCAAAGGGACAUUGAAGCUUCUUGUCUCGCACUCAUCUGCGCCUGUGCAUGAGGCUGCACCUUCUUUACCGAGCUCACUCUCUCCCAGUGUCAACACUGUACCUCCACCUGUUCUACCCUCUUGUGCACCUCUAAGACCACGACGACGAUCUUCACGCCAUGGAAGUCUGUCCUCAGCUAGCGAGCAGAUACCUACAGAGCAAGCCGCUGCUUACGACGCUGACGUUGACGCCGAUAAUCAUAGAACAACCAUGCGCCCACCUCCCCACCCACAUCUCAAUACCGUAACCAGCGUUGUUUCCGUUCCGUCAUCAUCCGGACGUCGCCCAAGUGCUCCUGCUCGGCCUUCUUCACCCCUGAUACCUCCCCGCUCAACUACGCCCUCACCUCCAACUGGCAGCCAAAGUGAAGCAAAACAAUUUGUCAAUUGGUACGGAAACCUUGUGCCGGCUCCACCCCCUCCUCCGCCUCUAUCAUCCGUACCACCACCUCUAUCACCUCUCAGCGCCACUUUUGACGACAGUAGUUUGACCCCUCCCGCCACGCGGACUCAUGGGCGUUCUGGAUCUGAUGCUGCUGCCGAAAGAGAGCAAGCAUUGAGAGCUUCAGAACAAAUUUUCGAGACGGCAGGUCGGCAGUGGCAAAGUCAACUUGACCAUCAGCCAUCUCGAGAUAAUCUCCAAUCAAAAGAACGCCGUACACGGGGAAGACUCGAACCGCAACGACGGGACCUAGAUGAAAGUUUGGGCCGUCCAGAAUCCUGGGUCGUUGUUUCCCGUGAUCAGGAGAUUCCGACCUCACCACCUCCCCGCCAGUCGCCAAAGCAGACCCGAGUCAAAAAUCCAUUGUAUCCCUCACGAUACAGAGCUACACAAUCAGGUCGCCCUAUAGUAGUGCCGGCACCUCCGCGUCAUCCUCCGCCACCCGUACCUCAUACAUCUCCCGAGAUUCGUAGUCCCGGAACUAGUCGUCAAGCCGGUCAACCUGUACCUUCAACGUAUGUCGUGACUUGGAAAGGUGAAGAGAAGGCUGACCAAAAAUCGACUGGUACCCCUACUUCAUCCACCGAUCCUUGGAGACCCAUCAGAACAGGUGCCAAGAGCAUGGAUAAUCUCCGGGCUGCUGCCUUCAACGGUGGACAUCCCCCUACGUUGCAGCCUGGCAUGCCUCGACGUCAUAACGGACAGACCUCUAUGAAUAGAUCAAACGGAAAUAUUCCCUUCACGUCCGGGCCUAAGCCUUAUGAGUCACGGACACCUGUUAAGCCCUUGCCGGUCCAAGGUCCAUCUCAACGUUCUUCGCAAUAUAACGGUAGAACGACUGGAUAUCCAGGAGGGUAUAUGUCCCCCAACCAAGACCCAUUCCCGAGACCGCUUUCGGCUUUCAGCGAUGUUAGGACUGCUAUGACCUCUCCGACAAACAAGUAUCCGCGGCCAACACCAUCAUAUUCAAACACGAUGGAAUAUCCCGACUCAACGCGCUCUCCUCCUGUACCUUCCCUGCCUCUCUCUGGCUCUUCGCGACCGUAUAAUAACUCUCGAGAUGUUCAUGAUACCACCACAAAAUCUCCACCACAAAGUCCCAUCAGUCCGCAUAGCCCAAGGUCAACACGCCAAAGGAUGCCGACGAACAAUGCUGAGACUUCUUCAUCGGGGACGGUAGUAGGCACGCCCAGUGAUGCAGCUUCAGAGUCUACCCUGGGGACAGACCAACGUGCAUGGCUUCUUCAGGUAGAUCCGGAUCAAUCGGAAAGUACAGUUGUACCACCUCUUCGCCUAGACAGAACAUCAUCUUCCCUUCCUAAUUCCAAGCCAUCGUUGGAGAUGUCAUCAAUGGAGUUAUAUAACAGCUCCAGUGACUCGGACAGUGACCAUGCAGACUCCGGCACAUGGAAGAAGCCCUUCUUGACGUUGGACACGACGCCAAGUACUAUUCCUAGCGUGACAAUACAGUCCUCUCAGUCUAGCGGCUCUCAGUCAACUCCUGUGUCAUCAUCACAGACUGCGAAGCUAAAGACGAGAGGAAGAGGGAGCACUUUUACUGACACUCGCCCACCGCCAGAGGAUGUCUAUGAGCGCCUGGAGGAUUUCUUCCCAGAACAUGACUUGGAUAAGCCUGUUAUCGAGGCGAACUCUGGUGGUACCUCACCUACAACUGUAGAGCAAGUUGCGGAAGUCAGUCCCGAGCCGGCGUCUAUUGCUGUGCCUCCCAUUCCAUUAAUGGUUGAGAAGUCGCGUGUCAAAGGGAAGAAGUCAAUUCGACAUGUAGCUGAGGAGCACAAGCGGCGGAUCAAUCGCACCUCCAAAGCAGACUCUUCUUUCGCUUCGAGUGUAUUACGCAAAAGAAGCACAAAGCUGUGGGGCAGUCGGCUGGAAGAGGUUACUACAGCGCAAGCCCGAGCAAAUAUGGGUGGACCUUCUCCCGAAUCACCCAAUGGCGGUCCGACUACUUUUAAAUGGGUCCGAGGGGAAAUGAUUGGUAGAGGAACAUAUGGACGCGUUUAUCUUGCUCUUAAUGCCACGACGGGGGAGAUGAUUGCUGUUAAACAAGUCGAAAUUCCGAGGACCACGAGUGACAAGAAUGAUUCUCGACAAGUUACUGUAGUUCAGGCCUUGAAGCUUGAGAGCGAAACUCUGAAAGACUUGGAUCAUCCAAACAUAGUCCAGUAUCUGGGAUUCGAGGAGACACCUUCAAAUCUGAGCAUCUUUUUGGAAUACGUUCCUGGUGGCUCUAUCGGAAGCUGUCUUUUGAAACACGGCAGGUUUAGCGAAGAGGUUACGAGGUCCUUUACUGGACAGAUCCUUGGAGGUUUAGAGUACCUUCACUCGAAAGGGAUUCUUCAUCGGGAUUUGAAGGCUGACAAUAUUCUCGUAGAGAUGUCGGGCGUUUGUAAGAUUUCAGAUUUCGGCAUUUCAAAACGGACGGACGAUAGAAGUGGCGGUGCGGAAACGGCUAUGCAGGGGACCGUCUUUUGGAUGGCUCCUGAGGUUGUGAAUCCACAAGGUAAGGGAUACAACUUCAAAGUUGACAUCUGGAGUGUCGGCUGUGUUGUUCUGGAGAUGUGGGCGGGAACAAGACCGUGGCAAGGAGAUGAGAUGGUUGCUGUUAUGUUCAAGCUUUAUCAGUUGAAACAGCCACCUCCCGUACCUGAAGGCAUUAUCCUGUCAGACCUUGCUGAUGAUUUCCGCAAGAAAUGCUUCGCAAUAAAUCCCGAGGAACGUCCAUCCGCACAGGAACUGCGGAAACACAAAUAUUUAACACUUGAUCCUGACUGGCAGUUUACUGGAUUUAACUAGGAUGUCCAUUAUUGAUUUCCUUCGCCUCUGAACAUUGUCUUUUCACUCUCCACGUUCUCUCUCUACUGCGCAUCUAUCGCUCAUCCAUUCGCACAUUCAUCUGUUCAUCCUUCUUGCUACUCCUACACAUCUCUUCGUUGUCGUUCAUGUCAUUUGUUUAGUAUAGUCCCAUCGGUAACCAUUUGUAGUCAUCUAUUAAUGUCCUAGUAAUUACGCUGUGACGUCAUUCUACUACUUUACACCACAGUUACCACCGA